CUCAGGAGACGCCCGAGAUCUGAGAUGGGGGCGAUGGCGCCGCGCACGCUGCUCCUGCUGCUGGCGGCCGCCCUGGCCCCGACCCCGACCCGCGCGGGCUCGCACUCGCUGCUGUAUUUCGACACCGCCGUGUCCCGGCCCGACCUCGGGGAGCCCCAGUUCAUCUCCGUCGGCUACGUGGACGACACGCAGUUCGUGCGCUACGACAGCGACGCGAAGACUCCGAGGAUGGAGCCGCGGGCGCCGUGGGUGGAGCAGGAGGGGCCGAAGUAUUGGGAGAGGGAGACACAGAUCGCCAAGGACAACGAGCAAAUUUACCGAGUGAACCUGAGGAACCUGCUCCGCCUCUACAACCAGAGCGAGGGCAGCUCUCACACCAUCCAGUGGAUGUUCGGCUGUGAGGUGGGGUCAGACGGGCGCCUCCUCCGCGGGUACACUCAGGAAGGCUACGACGGCCGAGACUUCAUCGCCCUGAACGAGGACCUGACGACGUGGGCAGCGGCGGACAUGGCAGCGCAGGUCUCCCGGCGGAAGUGGGAGCAGGAUGGGGAGGCAGAGAGAUGGAAGUCCUACCUGGAGGGCCUGUGUGUGCAUUCUCUGCGCAGAUACCUGGAGAAGGGGAAGGACGCACUGCUGCGCACAGAUCCCCCAAAGGCACAUGUGACCCAUCAUCCUGGACCUAAAGGUGACAUCACCCUGAGGUGCUGGGCCAUGGGCUUCUACCCUGCCUUCAUCACUCUAACCUGGCAGAGGGAGGAGGAGGAACAGACUCAGGACAUGGAGCUGGUGGAGACCAGACCUUCUGGGGAUGGAACUUUCCAGAAGUGGGCAUCUCUGGUGGUGCCUUCUGGGGAGGAGCACAAAUACACAUGCCAUGUGUACCAUGAGGGGCUGCCUGAGUCCCUCACCCUGAGAUGGGAGCCUCCUCAGUCCACAGUCCCCAUCAUGGCAGUCAUUGCUGGUCUGGUUCUCCUUGGAGCUGUGGUCACUGGAGCUGUGGUGGUUGUUGUGAUGAAAAGGAGGAGAAACACAGGUGGAAAAGGAGGGGACUAUGCUCCAGCUCCAGGCAGGGACAGUUCCCAGAGCUCUGAUGUGUCUCUCCCAGACUGUAAAGCAUGAAGACAGCUGCCUGGUGUGGAUGCAGUGACAGACGAUGUGUCCAGGUCUCUCCUGUGACAUCCAGAGCCCCUCAGUUCACUCUCAGCAAUAGUGUCUGAUGUUCCCUGUGAUCCUAUGGGCUCAGUGUGAAGAACUGGGGAGCCCAGCUCACCCCACAUCCCAGGACCCAGUUCCUGCACUGCCCUGUUCCAUUCCACAGCCAACCUUCCUGUUCCUGCAGACAGGAGGGGAAUCUCCAUCCUGUCUUCUUCAUGCUGUCCUGAGCUGCAACCCUGACUUCCCCACUGAAAAUAAGAAUCUGAAUGUGAACUUGAUCGUUAAUGUCCUUGAUCUAACAGAUUAAUUGUCAGGUAAUAUAAAGGUUCGCGAUACAUCGAGUUUGUGAGUUUGUGGAGGAAAUAAAUGGCAGCGUGGAGA